AUCUGUCAGUUCUGUUUUGAUGCUCGUAGCGUGCGGUUGUGUCUUUAAAACAUCAUGGAUCCGGCUAAAAAUCUGGAAUCUAGCUUAAAUAUAUUAAAUGGACGCCACAUCAAUAUCAAUGAAGAUCGUAGUAAAUAUACAGCACAUUACAAUGCGCUGCGCGACUCACUUUAUUCCACAAUUAAAGAAAAGAAUCUAAUAUUAAAAAAAUUGCUGAAAGGACAUAAAUUGGAAGGAUCUUACGGUGACAAUCUAAAAGUGGCAACUCCCGAUGAAUUUGAUUUGGUUAUCAAUUUGGCAUUUCCGGAGAAUGACUACAUCAUUGUAAAAGCCGAUCCCCAAAGACCAGGUAACGUUACCCUCGAUAUGACCGAGGUGAUGGAACGCAUCAGAAAUCAAGAGCAAAAUAGGGAAAUAUACGAACAACUUCAGAAAAUUGUCAAUGCCAAGAAUAUGCUUUUGGAAAAUAAAUUGCAAAGUUGGUUACAGGGUCUAUUUACAAAGACCCUAAAUGACUUGAAUAACCGAAUUGAUGUGAAUGGACAUAUAUCUCAAUUGGUCUAUAAACGCGCAGGACCAGCGCAUACCAUCUAUAUAAAAGAACCACAAGAAUAUUCUGUAGAUUUUGUACCCUCGAUUAGGUUGUCGGCAAAGCAGAUUGUCUUGGGACCGAAACAAAAAGAAUACUUUGGUAAAAGUGAAUACUGGAAUGCCAUACCAAAACCUAUAAAGGGCCAACUGGGCGAUAAUAUAUCAUAUAGAGCAUCAUAUUAUGAUGCCGAGCACAAUUUGCUGAAGGAUAAAGCCAAUCUAAAGAAUGGCAUACGAUUUAUGAAACAAUUUCGGGAUACUAAACAAAAUAUGGGUAACUUGAAAAGUUAUUACAUUAAAACCUUAUUUCUUUGGCAAGUGAUUGAACGAGAACCAGGCUAUUGGCAAAAGCAACUCAAUGAAAUUCUAAUUGAUAUGUUUCAUAAGCUGGCCGAUUGCUUGAAAACGGCUAAAAGAAAUGGUAAACUCUUAUUCUUUUGGGAUCCCAAAUUGGAUAUGUUUGCUGAUUUCACAGAAAGUCAACGUAAGGAUAUGUUCAACUGUGCUGUAGGCUGUGGUGCAUAUUUCCUGAAGAUGGCUAGUGGUAACAUGAACGAUAAUAAUAUUGAAAAUGUCCUAUCUUCAUUCUGUAAACUGGUGGAUAAGACCAAUUCAAAACAGACAGAAAAACCAGGACAAACCAAUGUAGCUAAUCCAACUUCAUUAGCGCCAUCUAAGACUGCAGGACAAAAUGGUCAGAAUAAUGCCAAGACUAAUCAGCCAGAGGCACCAGUCAAACCUUCUGAAGCUGAAACUAAAACUGCCACAGGAAAAAAGACAAAAAAAUCUACUACUGAUCAAGAACCAAAGGCAAAGACAACUCCUUCACCACCCUCUAAACCUGUGGCUCAAAACGAUGAAACUAAGGCUAAGACAAAUCAGCCAAAUCAGACAGCGGCGGUCAAAACUGACACAGGAACGAAGCCAAAAAAGGCUCCAAAUGCUCAAGAAACAAAGGCAAAUCCAGCUCCGUCUACUAAACCUGCAGAGAAAAAUGGCGAAACUAAGAGCAAAACUAAACAGACAGCGGCACCAGUGACUAAAACUGUGUCAGAAACGAAGUCACAAACUUUACCUCAACCUUCCAAAUCUGUAAGCGAACAAAAGAAUACACAAGCCAAACCACAAACAGCAAAAGAUGAGAAACAGAAAAAUGAAUCGUCUUGUAAACUGUCUUAAACUGAGAGGACAAUUUUAAUUUAUGUUGCAGAUGAACGUUUAGUAUAAUUUUUGUGAUGUCAUAUCGUCAUUUAAGUCGCUUACAAGCCGCCACCAGAGCGAUCGACACUGAUCUUUUGCUUAAGAUUUGCCGCCUCAUGUUUCUGCUCCUCCAGCUCGGCCAUGCGAGCAAAUCGGGAAUAAGCCACAUCGCCCGUCUUAAUGGCCGACAUCAUCUGCAGCAGAAAAGAAGAUAUUUAUUAUAUAUAUAUUUUAUUAUAUGCAUGUUUUAGUGUGUUUAGAGUGCCAUUUUAAUAAAGUUUUAUAUCUGUUUGUGUGUAUGCCCUUACCUGAA